AUGGCCGAAAACGUUUGUUUUUUAGAUUGUAUGAAGUAUGCGAAAGAUUGUCUGGGCAUUGAGUUUGAACUUAAAGAUAAACAGAUAGAGACGUUAAGGUCUGUUUACGAGGGGAAUGACACAUUGGCUGUUUUACCAACGGGCUUUGGUAAGAGCAUUAUCUUUCAGCUGCUACCAUUCAUGUUCCAGAGGAAAUUCGGCCGUCGCCAGCCUAUGAUAACCAUUAUUGUUACACCUUUGAAUUCGAUAAUGCAGGACCAGGUGCAGUCUCUUACCAAGCGUGGAAUACCUGCCUGCUUUCUUAAUAUCGAAGGUACAGGUGUGAAAACCUUCGUUGAUGGUAAAAGAUAUCAAAAAAGUUUUCAGGAUGAAGACUCGGACACUGAUAUAGAGGAAGUAGUAAUAUCUAGUGCCCCAUUGCAGGAUGUGAAGAAGGGUAACUUUUGUCUUAUAUAUGCCCAUCCAGAGACUUUAGUAGAUAAAAAGGACUUUGGAAAAGUUUUACGAAGUACUGUGUUCCAAGAAAGAGUGUGCGCCAUUGUUGUGGAUGAGGUUCACAUGAUUUCUGAAUGGGGAAAAGAGUUCAGAAAUUCUUUUGAUAAACUGGGCAAUUUGACCUGCCUUUUCCCUGAUGUGCCUCAUUUAGCCCUUACUGCCACAGCUACCAAAUCAGACAUUGCAAGGCUUUCUGAAGUAUUACAAUACCGAGACACACAGUUUGUUAUUGCAAAUCCAGACAGGCCAAACAUCUACCUCGAGAUCCGAAGCCGUCUGCCAAACAUUCGUAAAUUUGAAAAAUUUGACAACAUUCUGGCUGAGAUAGUAUCAGAACUCAGUGACAAGCUUGACAGAUAUCCUGUUACCAUUGCCUAUUGCAACAAUUUGGAGGCCAUAGGGUAUGCAUAUGUGUACACAGAACAGAAGCUUGGACCCAGGGCCUACAUACCACAGGAAGGAGUUCCAGAGAAUCGUAUUUUUGGAUCAUUCACUUCCGUCCCCCAACCACCUUAG